AUAAACGGCAUUUGACGAUUAAAGGAUGCAUAGCUCUGAUUUGAAUAGUCCUCUGAAGCGAGACGAUGUUGUUAGCGUGGAGGAUCUCGAACACCUUUGUUCUCGCGUUCAGUCUGACCCUUGGAAUCUAUUGACUUACACCAAGGGGAUAUACAUUUCAGCUCGUCUAAAAAACGAGAAGUAUUUAGAAUAUUUCCGAACCCAAUGUGUAAAGCAUUGUGUUGUCGAGGACCGUUUUUGGCUAUCAUGGAUAGAGGACAAGCGUCGAGAUAGCAGCGAUGAUGCUUUGAUAUCUAUGUAUGAAUGUGCUGUUGACAAUGAACCGUCUGCUGAGCUGUGGAUUGCAUAUACGCGUUUUGAGCGUCGUAGAGCCUCGGCUGAUGCCAAUAUUGGUCGUAUACGGACAUUGUUUGAGCGCGGUCUCAAGUCUGUUGGCCUUCAUGCUCUAGACGGUCCUUUGCUUUGGAGCGAGUAUCGUACAUUCGAACAGGAGCUGUUGGACACAUACAAGAAUGCGGACUAUGGGAACCAGGUUGAACGUAUACGUUCACUUUUCUUCCGACAGUUGGAAUUACCACUAUCCGGACUCGCUGACCUGUUGGAUGAGUAUCGUGUAUGGGAGUCUGAGCUCCCUAAGGAACAUCGCAAGCCUGUUAUUGAGGGUGAGAUAAUUCACAAGCAUGGAUUUGAUGCAUGGGAAAGCCGCAAAUGUUUUGAAUUAAAGGUUCAAUCUGAAUUUGACGAGAUGUUAAACCCUGGCAAGAUGAAUACGCUGUGGAACGACUACUUGAACUUUGAGUUGAAGGGUGGUGACACUGACCGUAUUACAAUCGUAUAUAUGCGUGCAUUAGAUGAUUUAGGCUACGAGCGUGAUGACUUAUGGAUGCGUUUUUCUAACCAUGCUUUAGGUAUCAGCAACAAAUUCGCUUUAUGGGUAUGUGAGCGUUCCGUUCGCCAUAUGCCUCGUUCUGUAAACAUUUGGAUAAAUUUCCUUCAGGUUGUUGCUGGUAUAUCAUCUUCCAGUGCCGACGAGCUUGUUGAUGUUUUCGACCGUGCUUCAACGGCUAUAACUGAUACUAGUGCACUGAUUAGCCUUCACAUAACCGCUGCCGAUUGUCUGCGUCGUCAUUAUCCCGAAUCGAUUGAGGUGUUUCGCCGCAUACUUUUGCGUCAGGAGGACCUAUUAUUUAAGGUUGGCGACGUUAGGUAUGACUCCAAGGGUGCCUAUCGUCUUUUAACAUAUUGGGGUCGUCAGGAGCUACGUCUUUUAAUGACGACUAAAAGCAGUCCGGAGAAUUACAUCAAGGUUAUAAGGAAGUUUUUACAGCGUUUUAUGAACGAUUCCCAGUGUUGGAUGUUCAUCAUUGAUGGUGUGAAGAGCUUGGAUGCUUGUGGGAAAUGUGAUUCUACAUUUAUGUCAGCACUGAUUGAGUCUAUAUCUUGUGUGGUCACCAUAAAGAGUCCUUUUGAAGGCACUCCUGACAGUCCUCACGCUCUUAUAAUGUGGCUAUUUGACACUGCGCAUCAGUUUUUGAUUGGUGGUGAUAUUUCAGAUGCCUACAUAGACUACGUACAGACCUGUGGCGACAUUGAGGAUAUUAAACAUGCUCACAUGACUACUGCGACGCAAGCUCAUCAUGGUGAGUCUCGCUACACUGGAAACACAUUGAGCCUGAACAACAUCAUAUUGCGUCGUGAUUGUCGUCGUCGCCGUCAAUCGGAAUCUUAUUCUGAGACGUCUUCUGACAGUGGCUCUUGUUCGCACCGCUAUAUUAAAAGUGGCUGUCGUAUUCGCGCCGAUACGCCCACUGUCUCUAUAUCAUCUCCUCGGCUGCCAUCUCGUGACGUUGAAUUUGCCACUCGUGCUACAUGGGAUGGCAGCGAGAGCGCCGACCCAUCUAUUGCACCUGCGGUGCCACCUAGUAUAACUAUGCCUCCACCGCCGCCUUCAUCGCUACUACCUAAACAUAGUCCUCAGUCUUCCAUGGUGUCAAGUGCCUUCUUUACUCCAGAGAGUUCUCCUGACAUGAAGUAUGUAUCUCGAUCAGUGACAUCUCCGGCUUUAAGUAAUUUGUCGAUGCUACCUCAAGCUAUGAUAUCUCCUGUCAAUGACGUCACUUUAUCUGGCAUUGCUAAGCGCAAUUGUGACGACCUUGAUGACGCUGGUAGCAUUGACUCGGAGCGUAUGAGUCGUAUUCAGUUGCUGUUAUCGGGUGACAAUGAUGUGUUAAACAGUUGGCUGUGUGACGAUGGAAGGAAGCAUACACUUUGGGUGUCUAAGGUUGACGGCUUGAUUGAAGAAUCUGAAAUACGGUCGUUAUUUUUACCAUUUGAUGGUUUCAAGUCAAUCCGUGUAGACCCAUCAUGUAUCGGUUGUUAUGUGGAGUUCGACACACACGAGAACGCUAUUAUUGCGAGGGAUACGGUGUCUAGUACCACCUUUGAGCACGGUUCCUAUGCCUGUGAGAUUUGCAAUUCAUCAAAGGCACUAUACGACGACAAGGUGUUAUUUGUGAAGCGUAUAUCUGAUAUGGUAUCGUUGAAUAAAGGCAAGAUUAACCAAGUAUUACGUCAGUUUUUUACUGAGUUAGGUUUUGACCCUGUUGACAUCAGGUUUCCAUCUGUUGGAUUCGACGGCAUUGGCGAAGAGUACCACAUGCCUGUACCUGACUACUGUUAUGUUGAAUUUAAAGAGGAAGACAGUGCGCGUAGCAUUAUUAACAAGCUGUUAUCGCGUUCAGCAUCAUUGAGUUGUUCUGUUGACGGGGUGGCCUUUGACGUAUCUCCUUCAACCCCAAUGUUCCGCAAGCGCCACUGCCGUGUCGUUGAUUCGUCAUUCAAGGGAAGUGAUAGUGACGUAGUUGAAGGCAGUGAGUAGUUCCUCUUCUACUAGCACAUUCUUGUGCCC